UUUUGGUUUUGCCGUGUCUGAAUAUGCAACUGUGAUCUACUGUUGAUCAGCAACUGAUAACUAAUGAUUAUGUUUUCGUUUAUAUGACAUGAGAGCAGCAACGCAUAUGUGUAUUAGAUUACAUGUAUUAUCUAUGUCGCGAACAUUAUUUCAGCGUUUUAAUUUGAGCUGCCCUUUUCGUUUAUUUGUUGACGCACAUCAAUCACCCCAGUGUGGGGGAGGGGCUAAUCACGUGACCUGCGCGCGCUGUUGUGUUUAUGUCGAGUUAAAGGAAUAUUCCGGGUUCAGUACAAGUUACGAUCAAUCGACAGCAUUUGUGUCAAUGAUUACCACAAAAAUGUAUUUUAACUCUUCCCUCCUUUUCUUGUGUUUUACUGAGACAUUUCAAUGGGGUCAAUAAUCUGUAAACAUUAAAAUACUGUUUCAAAAGUAUAGACAAGAAUUUUGUCAUUACAUUACUUACUAACUGCAUCUGUGCAACUCCGUUGCCAUGAUGUAAUGUCAGCAAACCCCAAACCGACUGUAAAAACUUUGAUUUUAAACAACUUUACAACUCAAAUAAUACACACGUUUUAACAGUAGAAUUAAUGUGUGCUUUUAUAACAUUAUACGCUUAAGCCUUUAAACCCUCCAAAAAAUGGACCCCAUUGUAAGUUUCUCACUGGAACAGGUUUUUAAUUAAACAAUUUUUUUUAAGAAAAUGAGGGACGAGUCUAUGUCUGUGUUUUUGACAUCUGUUCUAGUGCACACCUGAAUGUCAACAUCAAGGAGCGAUCGGAUUAAUCUAUCAAAUUAGAAGUGUAAGCGCUUCUUGCAGGAGUUCUACAGCGAGGAUGACUCUGGGAAGAAGGUGUUCAAAUACGGCGCUCAGCUGGUGUCGCUGGCUCAUCGUGAACAGGUGGCACUGGUGGUGGAUCUAGAUGAUGUGGCAGAGGAAGACCCUGAGCUGGUGGAGAGUGUGUGUGAAAACACCAAACGUUACACUACGCUGUUCGCUGAUGCUGUUCAUGAGCUGCUGCCUGAAUACAGAGAACGAGAGGUGGUGGCGAAGGAUGCGCUGGAUGUUUAUAUCGAGCACCGGCUGAUGAUGGAGGCCAGAGGUCAUGACCCCGCAGAUACACGUGAUUCCCGAAACCAGUACCCGUCUGAACUCAUGCGCAGAUUUGAGGUGUAUUUCCGCCCGCCGUCUACGCUGAAGCCGAAGGUGGUGCGUGACGUGAAAGCCGACAGCAUCGGUCAGCUGGUAAACGUCAGGGGCAUCGUCACCAGAGCGACGGAGGUCAAACCCAUGAUGGCCGUCGCCACGUACACGUGCGAUCAGUGUGGCGCCGAGACUUACCAGCCGAUCGCCUCGCCGAGCUUCAUGCCCCUGAUCAUGUGCCCCAGUCAGGAGUGUGUCACCAACAAAUCAGGAGGCCGACUGUACCUGCAGACACGAGGGUCAAAGUUCAUCAAGUUCCAGGAGCUGCGUAUUCAGGAGCAUAGCGAUCAGGUACCCGUUGGGAACAUUCCUCGCUGUAUGACGAUUUAUGCACGUGGAGAAAACACACGUGUGACUCAGCCUGGAGAUCAUGUGGCCAUUUCUGGAAUAUUCCUGCCUCUUCUGCGCUCUGGAUUCAGACAAGCUGUGCAGGGUUUGUUGUCAGAGACGUAUCUGGAGUGUCACACGAUCACUCUGAUGAAUAAAACUGAAGAUGAUGAGCUGGGAACUGCAGAACUGACUGACGAAGAGCUCCGACAGAUCACAGAGGAGGAUUUCUAUGAGAAGUUGGCUGGUUCGAUCGCUCCAGAGAUUUACGGUCAUGAGGAUGUGAAGAAAGCGCUGCUGCUGCUGCUGGUGGGCGGAGUCCAGCAGGCGCCACGUGGGAUGAAGAUCAGAGGAAACAUCAACAUCUGUCUGAUGGGUGAUCCAGGUGUUGCCAAGUCUCAGCUGCUGUCAUACAUCGACCGCCUCGCCCCGCGCAGUCAGUACACGACUGGUCGCGGCUCGUCUGGUGUUGGAUUGACUGCUGCAGUGAUGCGUGACCCUGUUACCGGGGAGAUGACCCUGGAGGGCGGGGCGUUAGUGUUGGCUGAUCUGGGCGUAUGCUGCAUCGAUGAGUUUGAUAAGAUGGCCGAUGCCGAUCGUACGGCGAUUCACGAGGUCAUGGAGCAACAGACUAUUUCUAUCGCCAAGGCGGGCAUCAUGACAUCUUUAAAUGCGCGCUGUUCGAUUCUGGCAGCGGCGAACCCGGCAUACGGACGCUACAACCCUCGCAAAACCAUCGAGCAGAACAUCCAGCUGCCCGCGGCGCUGCUGUCACGAUUCGACUUGCUGUGGCUGAUUCAGGACAAACCCGACACGGACAACGACCUGCGACUCGCGCAACACAUCACAUACGUGCACCAGCACUGCAAACAACCGCCAACACACUUCAACCCCAUAGACAUGAAACUCAUGAGGCGUUACAUCAGCGAGUGCAAACGGAAGCAGCCGGUGAUUCCCGAGUCUCUGUCGGAUUACAUCACUGCUGCAUAUGUGGAGAUGAGGAAAGAGGCACGAGUCAGUAAAGACACCACGUUCACCUCCGCACGAACACUUCUAUCAAUCCUGCGCCUCUCCACUGCACUGGCUCGUCUGCGGAUGGUGUCUGUUGUGGAGAAGGAGGAUGUGAAUGAAGCGAUGAGACUGAUGGAGAUGAGCAAAGACUCGCUGCAGACCGACAAAACCAGCAACACCAGGGCUCAGCGUCCAGCCGAUGUGAUCUUCUCUCUGUUGCGUGAGCUGGCGGGCGACGGGUCGCUGAAGUCCGUCCGUAUGUCGGAGGCGGAGCAGCGCUGCGUGUCUCGUGGUUUCACUCCUGUGCAGUUCCAGUCGGCUCUGGACGAAUACGAGGAGCUGAACGUGUGGCAGAUCAACCAGGCGCGCUCGCGCAUCACGUUUGUGUAAAUACUGAUCGGAUUGUGAUGUCACUAAACAUGUGACUUCAAAAUAAACUCCUUUUUCUGACCGUUAAGCUUCUCUAAUGUUCUUCUCAUUGCUGUUUGUGCUCAUGUUUUGUUUUUAAUCUGUGAAAUAAACUAAAUAGAUCGUGUGUGUGUGUGUGUGUUGAGGAGAUUUUGCAGUGAAAUCGAUUAAAUGUAAUAUUGAAGUGUUUCAGCUCAACCGAGAAAUGGGAAGGUUAAAAGUUUGAAUUGUGCUUUAAUCUGUCUGUGGGAGUUUAUUUAUCUUCCGAAGACUCGAGUGACUGUUGUGUGUUUUCCAUUUCCCUUUCUGAUUUGUAACUAGUUGCACCUAAUAAA